GCGUGAUUCGGAUCCAUUGGACCUGAUACUCUCCAGCCUUCUGUGACGGCCUUGAGGCGCCAUCACUAUCGUUCCCCUAUGUAACGCAAUAACUGCAACUCAUUGCUCUAACGAUGUCGGCCCAGUCUCCCAACUUCCCAUCUCUAUACGACAUUUCUCUUGAGCUGUCUCGCGUCGAGCACCGAGGUCCCAGGCAGCCGGGAGGAGUGUAUCUCGACAAUCUAUCAGACGUCUACAGAUUCACGUUCUAUUGGAUCCUGAUCUUUUCGACGCCCUUCUUCUUCUUAGCUGGGACAUACGCGUUCUUCAACCUCUCAUUCCCCCCGUCACAUCGACCGAAGGCAGCCGUAGAGAAGGUAUAUUCUGAAUACCCACUGUCCCCCACACUCGCGCCCUUGGCUCCGCCGACGCUGUCCAGCACCCGGCCCAAUCCUCGCCGCUCGCGCAUCACGUUCGCCCUGCUCGUUCUUCUCACGUAUGCAGUCUUCGCUGUAGCGAGCGCCGUAGUUGGGAGUGCCGUCCUAGGUUGUGUGGUAUAUGGGCUGUACAAGGCAGGAGGGUUCUCGAUGUCGACGUGGGUGCCGUUCAUAUGGGCAUUGAUACAGUCGUUGGUGGGGUUGACUGGAAUCUGGCCGUCAGUGAUUGAGAUUAUAUGAAGAGAUCUGACCUUACACGUUGACGCGCCACGCAAGGCGUUGUCUGCUGUCCCAGCUUAGCCUGCUUCGUUGUCUGCUGUCCCAGCUUAGCCUGCUUCGUUGUCUUCAUUUUGACAUCUUGAACAGAGCUAUUGUUGCUUAUGUAUAGAUGCAUCGCCAGAAGCAAUGCCUUCUAUCUUGCGAUUUGUCCGCCCUGCCGAGACUUGACAGAAGGCGUA